GUGAAAACAUUCGGAGAGUGUCAUGGCGGAGCAUGUAGUCAGUUUUGAGAGUAAGGGCAGCAUAGAGGAAAGGAAGCAUAGUAAACGAGAGGCACGGCAAGAAGUGAUAGACAAGGCCAAGGAGCAGUAUGACAAGGCAGAAAGAAGGAAGGAGCUCAAAAGGCAGAGAGGGGAGGACACCUGGAUGCUUCCUGAGAUCAACCAGAGGCUGCAGGAGAUGGAGGAAGCUGGUUUGCACAAAUUGGAGCUAAACCCGUUCUGGAAAGAUGGAGGAACUGGUCUGCCCCCAGCGGAGAAGGCUGCAACAAAGAAAGGAAACACAGUGGUGAAUGAUGCCGGCCUGGGCUGGCUGAGGAAGAGCUUCCAAAGGAUGAAGGAGCAGGCAGAGAGGCAGCAGCGCAGCCUCAAUGAAAUUGUGGCCGAGAGAUACGGAUCAAUGGAAGAGUUUCAGCAAAAACUUGCCGAUGCUGAGAUAGCUGUGUACGGACACUGCAGUGGAGGAGAUGGAAACAGAGGAGCGAGAGGCGGGUGGAGGAGAGGAGGAAACGAGUCCAGAGAGAGAUGGAGAAGAAACGAUGGAGAGGGGGAAGAGAGAGAACGCUGGAGAAGGAACGAAAGGGAAAGAGAUUCAUCACCAACAGACGGAGAGAGAGACAAUGCUGGGAGACGAGAGGAAAGGGAGAGGGGGGGAUAUCGCGGCAGAGAGGAAGACAGAAGUCGAGACGGAGACAGGUUCAGAGACAGAGAGAGGGUUCCAGAUCGUCGCCGUCCUCCAGCGCGGCCGUCCUCAGGAUUCCUGAAACCCAGCUCUGACGAUGAAGACUCUGGUCCCCGUAAUGCCAUCAUGCAGACCUCAAAGAAGAGCAGCAAUCCUACCAGGGAAUCUGCCAGCUUUGAGAAACCACAGCAGGAGAGAGAGAGGGAUCCUGGGAAACCUGUGCCAUUAAUAGAGUUAACAAUUGGAGGACAGAGGAGGCUCUUAAAGAAGAAGUUACAGGCCAUGGUUGAGAAGCUGAAGUCCCAGCUGGACGCAGCACAUAAAGCUAAAGAAAGCCACGAAGCUCGAAGACAAGAAAUGGCGACUUCAAAACAGGUCACUGGUCGCUCCAGUGAAGCCCAGGAACUCCUGCUGUUCAGAACUGACCAAUCAGGACGCGCCUGGCCCGUCAACGCCCCCUCUGGACCCCAGGAGCCCCACGGGGGACGACGGAAGAAGAAAGCGAUUGAGACCCAUGUUGACGGAGAGCGUGUGCGCUACUUCCAGGAUGAUGACAGUACGGGUCUGAAGGAGAUGGUGAGGAGGGAGAAGAUGAGCUCUGCGCAGGACCAGAACGCACUCUACUCUCGCAUGGCUUCCAAGAUGAUGGGGAAGACAGACGGUGACAACUACACUCUGGAUGACAUGUUUGUGUCGAGUGCAGCGCAGCGAGAGGGCGAGGGGAGGGAGGAGGAGAGGAUGAGGAGCAAAGCCAUCGGGGAGAGUCGGAGGCUGAAUGCCUCCAUGGAGAGAUGCCGGCACUGCUUCAGCAGCCGAGAGCUGCAGAAGCACCUGGUCGUGGCGAUAGGGAGCAAGGUCUACCUGAGCGUGCCUGCAGGAGUGUCUAUGACUGAGGGCCACUGUCACAUCUGUCCCCUCCAGCAUCACUGCUCUGCCACCGGAUUGGACGAAGACGUCUGGUCAGAAAUGCAGCUGUUCCGGCGUACUUUGGUGCGAAUGUUUGAGUCCCAGGAGCUCGACUGUGUGUUCAUGGAAACACACAUGGACCCACGCAAAAGACAACACAUGGUCUUAGAGUGUCUCCCACUUCCCCGAGAACUGGGCGAUAUGGCACCCAUAUACUUCAAGAAAGCCAUAUUGGAUUGCGAUGAGGAAUGGGCCAUGAACAAGAAGGUCGUCGACCUCUCAUCGAAAGACAUCCGCCACGCUGUUCCUCGAGGUCUGCCCUACUUUGCUGUGGACUUUGGACUCCAGGGAGGAUUUGCUCAUGUCAUUGAAAAUGAACAUAAGUUCCCCCAUUACUUUGGCAAGGAAGUGGUAGGAGGAAUGAUGGACUUGGAGCCGCGACGCUGGAGAAAAAUGAUAAGAGAGAAUUUUGAUGACCAGAGGAAAAAAGUCCUGGAGUUUGCAGGGUGGUGGAAACCGUACGACUGCACCAAGACUGCAGAGUAGUAAACACUACACUUCUAUUUAAACAAACACACACACACACACACACACACACACACACACACACACACACACACACACACACACA